AUGGCCUUACACAACUUGGUUUUUCUCAUUGACGUGGAUUGUGGCGACGGCGAUGUCCGAGUUCCCCCCGUGAAACGAGGCGUAUUGAGAAUUCUGCUGCAUUUUGGCUUCAGGCACGGGUGGGAGAAGGUGCGCUGGGGUUACAAAUUCUUCCAUUCGAAGAGUGUGCGACAGGCAAACCUCAUAUCCAGGGGCUCGGACUUCAAAGAGCUCCAGGACAAGACGUUUGAGGACUUCGAGCUGGAGUUCGAAGCCAAGUUGGACGUAAAAGAGAAAUGGUGCCGCAGCCAGCAGAAGCAGCCCAACCCGGCGGUUUCGGUGCAAAACGCAGUAAAGGAAGCUCUUCUCGAUUUCCAAUGGGACAGGCCAGACAUUACUUCUCCCACUAAAAUGGCUCUGAGGCCCAGGAGGUCGAGCCGAGCCAACAAGACCGAAAUUCCGCAGGAAGAGGAUAUUUUUGGCAAUGGACAAAACGUGUUGUUUGUGAUCUCCGAAUGUCCCCGUUCCAGGACUAAACUGGAGGACUAUACAUCUCUUAGAGGUGGUGACACGCACGUAGACUUUUCCGAGCAGAUCAUAUCCAAGGGGCUGCGCGAAAUGUUGCUCCAAAGGCGAGUUGUCCUGCAUUGGGUUGACAGUGGACCACAUUUCCAUGCGAUUAAAUGUGAUGAAUGGGUUGGAUCUGAGAAGUUGUCUGAGGUAUUGGUCCUGAUAGGUGGAAGGGUUCUCCCAAUGGACACUCUCUUGAGUCUCUGUUGCCCUCAGAAGCCAUCCUGCGACAGGUUGAUGCUUGACUCACUCCCCAGCAGAGAGGCCUUUGCCCUUGAGUCCAGCAUUGGAUACCUAUUGUCCUCUGAACGACUCUACCGCCUGGCCUUUCCUCUUUUAAGAGGGACAUUUCUUUGGGGUCAAGGUCAAGACUCCCAGAGCUGCAGUGUGUUGGUAGAGCCAACAUCAUGCAGACGGACACUUCUUCCAGAGCCAAUGGAAGUGUGUCUGAGAGGGAUGCUUCAUGGCUGGGAUGUCUCCUCACUAUUGGAGGGCUCUUCAGACUCCUGGGUGCUGCAUUGUUUCAACAGCACUGACCAGGGGCAGGCUGCAUUACAGCAGCUCCUAACAGAAGCCUCUGAUCAGGAUCUGCACUUGCUUGCUGAUGUGAACAAUGGUGACCUGGUCUGCUCAGCAAUCCUCACCCCACUGUCAGCCUUCACCGCUUUGCUCACUAUCCUCAAGCCUGGGGUGGCUCAGGAUAGCCAGGUCCUUAGCACAGAUGUCAUUGUCCCAGCAACAGCCAGCACCUCCACUGACCUGCCAGAUGUGGUCAGCAGUGUCCUGGGAAUGGUGUAUGACAUCAUGGAAAAGGAUGGGGACAUUGGAGAGGGCCACCUGCAGGAGCCCCAGGUUCCUGAGUGGGCCCAACAUGAGCUCGGCCAUUUUUCCAGCCCGCUGAAGACUGGUCUGAUGGAGAGCUGGUUUCCUCACUCGGACCACUCAGGAGUCAGCUCCAGUUUAAUGGAGUCAAUGAGGCUGUUGCAUAUAGUGUCAGAACAGGGAGAAGAUGAGGCCCAUGGAGAGGAACUGUCUGGCCCUCAGCAAGAACUGGUCGGCAGUCUGGCUGAGCUCUAUCAUACAUCCCAGGGCUUUGAUGACAAGAGGAACAAGAACCGUGGCAUCCAGCGCACACCGGUGAAGCAGAAGAUGAAGACCAUGAGCCGCUCCCUGCAGAUGCUAAAUGUUGCCAGGCUCAAUGUAAAGGCCCAGAAAAGCCAGGUUGAGGCAGAGCCCCAGGGGACUGAGGCCAGGGGACCAGACCGGCAGGGGAAGAGGCAGUCAAGUGAAAGGGACAAACAUGGAGGAGUGAACCCUCUGAAUUUUGGGAGUGAAGCAGAGCUGCUUGCUCAUUUGAAGUCCACUUAUGACAAGGUGUUGGCAGAGAGAGACUCAUCCCUCCUAACUGGAGUCCAACAGCUUCUGUCUGCUAUCAAAAUCUUCCUCGUGGCCCAGACAGAUCUUGGGAUAAAGACAUCCUUCUUUGUCCAUCAGCACCUUCUCAAAUCCUGCAAAUCCAUCAGGCAUCUCUAUGGUCCUACCGCUGAUGUUGAAAGCAAAGUCAGAGAGUGCCAGCUCCAGGCAUGGCUUAGGCUGGAAUUACACAAACUCCUUUCCUCACUGGAACAGUCCAGCUCACUGGAUGCUGAGCAAAUGGUAGAAGAGGUGGCUGGUAUGCUGAGGAUUAUCUCCCUCACCAAAGACCCAGUUUAUCUCGCCAGGUUCCUACAGGAAGAGAUUCUACCAGUGUUCCUGACUGCUAUCCCGAGGGUUUUGGCAGACGUCUACCACUGCCUGGGCACCCAGCUCCCUGAAGCCCUAGUGGCAGUGCUGCCCUCUGACUUCUUCAGCGAUGAUUCAAUUGCCAAGAGCAGUGUUUCCCCAUCAGCUUCCUCCCCACCUCCUUCUACAGCUCGCAGCCUGGGUUUAGAUAGUGGGGAGUGCCUGCAGGACCUGCGUAACCGCUCUGCCACCAAGAGAAGGAGUGGAAUGCUGACUCGUCAUCGAAGUAUGACUGAAUCGUCGCAGAGUCUACGCCAAAUAGAGAUGCCGAAAAAGACUACCAGAGCUACCAGACCUAAAAUGUGUGUCGCUUUGGAGAAACCAGUUGUGGAGGUACCUCAGAAGCAAACAGCACAAGAGGUGACCAAGGUGAGGAGGAACCUGUUUAACCAGGAGAUGGUCUCCCCUUCAAAGAGAGUCAAGCUGCCCAGAAGCCGCUCUGUGUCUGCUGUGGAGGAACUGAAGCGCAAACGCUGCCAGGAGUCUGAAGAUCGCCAUAAACUCCUGACAAAGAAAGUGGCAGAGACACCCCUGCACAAACAGAUGUCCCGUCAUCUCUUGUACAGGCAGAAAAUGGGAAGAUCUACCCCAGCAGAGGAUUGUAUCAUUGAGGAGUCACCAGUGAAGCCUGCAGAAGACCUAAGGAGCAGCUCCAGGAUAAAGAAGUUUGCCAGAAGACACUCCACUACCUUCUACUCAAGCUCCCUAUCUCAUUCCCGCAACCUGGACAGGGCUGUCUCUGCAUCCCAGCUUCCUCUUAGUGAUAGUAAACUGGAUGGAGUUAAUUUGAAAAGGGUCAGGUCCCCUAUGCGUCUGCUUUUUGGAGCUGCUCAGUCCCCUGGACGUCCUUCCACUUCCUCCCAGUCUUAUGCUACCAGGUCCAAUAGGAGACAGUUGUCAACAGAUGCUGAUGUCUUUGAGAGUCCAAAUAAAACCCCACCAAAUUCACCUGGUAAACAUGGAAGGCCUGGCCGUGGUACCACGAUGCCUCAGACACUAAAAACACCCAAGACCCCAAAAUCUUACAGGGCACGGGGGAUCUCUGAGACAGAGAGCCCCGUGCAAGAGACCUCUGGUCAAGAUGGCGUAUCGCUCAGUGACAACCCCUUCAGAUCUCCAAACAGAAGGACUGGCACACCUCUGAAGGACAGCCCUUUGAAGAGCCCACUGAAAGGUAUUCUCAGAACCCCAGUAAAGGCUUUGAGAGGGUGCCGGUCCCCUUCCGGAUUACACCUAUCCAGGAGCCCAAGUUUUAGAACUCCCAGGAAGAGUGUAUCUUGGUCACCUUCGCCUCAGAAACCAAGAGCGGCAGAGAGUGACACAACUUUCAAGGUGCCAGAGUCACCUCAUGUUUCAACACGAAGCUCGCCGAGAUUUUUGAAAAGCCCCAACAAGUUAGAUAGCCCUUUCAGAAGUCCCAGCAGCAAGAUGGAUAGAGUUAAAACUCCAGAAAAAAAAUCUCAGGGAAUGCCUAACAUAUAUCCUCAGGAAACUUCUCUGCAAUCCACACCACCAUUAGAUCUUACCAGACCCAAACCAAACUGUAGAACACCAGCUAAGAGCUGCAUUAAGAGUCCAUCUCACCAAAUGAUUACUCGAUCUGGAAGAACUCCUGUCAAAGACUUAAAUUACUUGUGCCCAUGUCAGCCAUUUUUAACUCCAUUAAAAAGUAACACUUCUUCAGAUGCAUCAGAAAUGACCCCCGAGUCUUCAGAGAAACCACCAACAAGAACUAGGGCUGGUCGAGGUGCUCAAAGUAGAACCAGACAUAACUUGAGGUCCCAGUCUGAGGAGGGACAGCCUUCCAAAAAGAACACAAGCCCCGUCUCUCCUGAGACAAGUAACUCCAUGGUAAAAGAGAGGACACAGUCCAGUAGACAGGAGCAGAAACGACUGUCAGGAUCUUACCACACCUCAGAAACUGAAUCUGGAUCUCAGACAGAAUCCCCUCAGCUUGACUCAUCCCAUUUUAGCCCUGCUUCCACUGAGGAUGUCAGUAUUGACAUUGCUGAUGCUGCCAUUGUAAAGAGCCAGCAUAGUGGAUCUCUCAAGAUGAGCAUCAGCUUUUCCAGGAAGUCUUCAAAGUCCAAAGAGGUUUUCCAGUUCACGGGUUCCUCUCCAAAACCAGCUCUGCCAUCCCAAGUACCCUUGGGAAGAAGCUAUGGCUUCCGGCAGACUCCUGACCGCCAACAAAGGGAGGCUGCUGCUCGUUUGGGGUAUGGCAGCGAACCACCUCAAUUUUCAACCCCUAGGAGUUCUGCAGCCCCUAGUCAACGAAGGGGCACAGCCACACCGAACCCUUUAACGUACGAAGUGGAACUAGAUCUGCAAACUUCAGGACUUCCAAAACUGAAGUUCAGACGAACCGACUCUUAUAACCCUGGUGAUAUGACCACUGAUGGUGGUCCUAGAUCAGGAGCUCCGAGCCCUACUAUGGUUGUGAAACCCUCUCACGUGGAUAGCCCCUUGCCUUGGUGCUCGAAACACAGAGAUCCCAUCUGUGUGUCACCCUCACUCUGUACCCAUGUCACACCAGCAAAGACAACACCUGGCAAAAGUGGAAGCAUCCAAACCUAUAUCUGCCAAUCCUACACCCCUACGCACACACCUACGGGAACAAUGUCUCCAAUGGCGACGGUUGAUACUAUUUCACUGACACCCUCACCCCAGAGUGUAGGGAAGGCAACCCCAGACAACCUCAACAGCUGGCCAAGGAGAAAGAGAGCCAAGCCCAGUGUGGUGGGAGGCAAGUAUCACAACUUGAAGGAGGAGCUACUGGAAGAAGCGGAGCUUGGAGUUAGCAGGUUGCUGGACACUGAGGACGCUGAUGAUCCCUCUAAUGACAAAGGCACCAAGCAGUCACCUUGCCUAGGAGUGACUGACUAUCCUCCUUCUGCUCUUGGAGGCAUGGAAUAUAUUGAGAUCCUUACUCAGCAAGCUGAUGGGGCUGAUCAAGUAGCUGAAGAUGACUUACCCUGUACAGCUGGGAGUAGAGAUGUCAAGUCAAUGGAGACUCCUCCCAACUCCAAGGUGAGGAAGCCAGUAACCGCAAGUGGGAUUUUUGCCCUCACUCAGUCACCCUUGUUAUUCAAGGGCAAAUCAGACCCUGCUACUAAGAGAACCCCUCUAUGUAAAGAAGAAUCGGCAGCAGAGAGAAUGGAGUUUGAAGUGGAGCUCUCUCCCUUCAGCCGAUCUACCAGACACCCCACCACAGGGAAGACCUACAGCAGGAAGAGGCUGAUACACUAAAUCAUACAACACUCCAUCAGGCACUGCAGAACUGUCCUUGUCUGAGUCAUAUUUUAUAAUGCAGUGUUUUCAGACCACCUCCUCAAGGAUCUAAUAAUUGCUGUUCUGCUUGGUAUUCUACUUGUCUAAGGGUGUUUGGAGACCUGGCACAACAGGCAAAGUUGCUUAACUACAUAGUAGAAUAGAAAACAAGCAGUACUGUGAGGACCUGAUUGGAAACCCUCUGCUAUUUUAACACAUGCUUUUGAUGACAAGUUUUAAAGAUGUUUUUGAGACCAGGCCACAGCCCCCUGCAAAAUUUCACUUCACAUUUUAAGUGUUCACAAUUUUAAGUUGGCUGAUCUGAGUUGUUUUGUUUUUUUUGUUUUUUUGUUUUGUUUUUUUUUUGUUUUUUUGGUGACAUGUCACAUAAAUUAUGUUGUCAGUGGGGCAUUGCAUCUUUUAAUCUUUUAGGAAUGAAAGAUUAGUGAAAUGAAAUAUGUUGUAUAUUGUGUAAGACUUUUGUAAAU